AGUGAGACAAGACAGGGGAUAGAGGAGUCAGGGAUAUGAGAACGAGGAGGGGGCUGUGUUAUCCUCGAGGGGCACCUCCGAGGGUGCGUUCGCAUAAGGACGAUGUCGGAGAGUUGAGGUUGUUUCAAGACAAGGAAGAACAAUCGUCUUUUGUCAGCCGUAAAAGAUUGAAGAAGUCGCCGGGAAACAUGGUUGCUGGAGGCGGAGGAGGUUGCGAUUUUUUUGAGUCUCUCCCGGAUGACCUUCUCCUCUGUAUCCUCACCAAACUCAGCUCCACAGCGGCCUGCCCCUCCGAUUUCAUUAGUGUUUUGAUCACGUGUAAGAGAUUUCAUGGUUUGGGCCUCCAAUCUCAAGUUUUAUCGAAAGCUUCACCGAAAGCAUUAGCUAUUCGGGCCAAGAACUGGUCCGACUCGGCUCACCGCUUUCUGAAACAGUGUGCCGAUGCCGGGAAUGUUGAAGCCUUAUAUAUCCUGGGCAUGAUUCGAUUCUACUGUUUGCAAAACAGAGGAAGCGGAGCGUCGCUGAUGGCCAAGGCGGCGAUUAACUCCCACGCGCAGGCUCUGUACUCCCUGGCAGUUGUCCAGUUCAACGGCAGCGGCGGGACCAAGAACGACAAGGACCUCAGGGCCGGUGUGGCUCUGUGUGCACGCGCCGCCUUCCUGGGCCACAUCGACGCUCUCCGUGAACUCGGCCACUGCCUGCAAGACGGAUAUGGGGUUCGACAAAACAUCCUGGAGGGACGGCGAUUUCUGGUCCAAGCCAACGCGCGAGAGCUCGCCGCUGUUUUGUCACCUCCGGCGGCGGCUAACCCUGUGCUCACCUGGAACCUCCACCCUGUCCCGCACCCGCAUCCUCAUCCGCUUUCGCAGAAUCUGAGCGGGUCAGGGUGCCCGCUUCUAAGCGAUUACGGUUGCAACGUCCCGGCGGCUGAGUCACACCCCGCCAACCGUUUCAUGACCGACUGGUUCCGGGAGCGGGGCUGGUCCCCAGGCUCGGGUCUUAGGUUAUGCUCGCACAUCGGUUGUGGCCGGCCGGAGACGAGAAAGCAUGAAUUUCGUCGGUGUUCGGUGUGUGGGACAGUGAAUUACUGUUCUCGUGCUUGUCAGGCGCUGGAUUGGAAGUUCCGGCACAAGGCAGAGUGCGUGCCAUUGGAGAGAUGGGCUGACGAGGAAGGUGAAGAUGCGGCCGGCGAACAGGUGAACGGCGGUGUGGACGGAGAUGGCUUGAUGGCCGUCGAUAGUUAAGAGAGACCGGUAGAAUAGUUUCGGCGACGGUAACGGAAGUGAAAACGGCAUCGUUUUGGUGGAGAUGGAGCCAUUUUUUUAGGUGCGGAUUAAGGUAAUUAAAUGCUAAUGAAUUGUCUUUAUUAUGGUCGGUCCACAAAACGGCACCGUGUGGCUUCCUUACCUUUUUGUUGUAUAGGUCAGCUGGUUCCUGAAAAAAAUCCACAGGGAUCGCCUUUUUUCUCUUUUCCUAAUUACUCAGUAUGGCCUUUUUUGUACAAUACAGGAGCUAUCAGUCUUAAAUCUAGCUAAUUAAUAGUAUUAAAAAUUUUGUCAA